AUGGGGAGACAGAGCAAGUCAGGGCAGAGGACAUGCAGGGGAGCUGGAGGUGGGAACCGUCUUCUCACAUCACCCUCCUUCACACUCCAGGACGGUGGGAACACUGGAAGGGGGAGCCCGCCAUCUGGAACCACCCUCACGGAAGCCCUGGUUGGCAGAGUGAAGGUUCCUAUUCCUCUCCAAGAAAGCGAUAGGAAUCUAGACAUUCGCUUUCUCUCAUGUCUUCAGUACCCUUUUGCAUUCCAUGCGCUCUGUCCAAGUCAUUACUUUUCAAACCAUUUCUUGGAUGCAGAGAAAUCUUGGGUAGUGCAAGUGGCCUUAGAUCCAAGUAAAGGACAUGAGGUCCAAGUGGACAUAGAUCCAAGUAAAGGACAUCAGCAAGCCCUACUCCAUUCAGACUUUUCCAUCUGCCUCCACCCUCUCAGUCACACUCCUGGAAGCAAACCAGAAAGUUCAUCCAACAAAAAUCACUAUCUGAAAGCCUAA